UUGGUGAUGAGAAAUUGAUGUGGGCACAAGAGCAGCCCUCGCCGUCUAAAAUUGUCCACCCGAGGUUCCUUUCACUCUACAACCCUCGUUUUUUUAAUGUAAUUUCUCUGUGUAAAUGCGCAUAUAUUGUUCAACUUUUAUUUGUCAGAGUUUAGAUAAGUUUGUUGGCAAAAUUCCAAGAAGGGACGUUAUGGCAAAAUGUAUCCGCCAUUUGGACCCUGAAAAAAAAAGAUUUCAGCCAUGGUAUAGACGCGAGAGCUUCUCGCGUGUCUUAAAAGUAUAGACGCAUAUUCCUCUCGCGUGUUAAAAAGAAGAGACGCGUCUUCCUCUCGCGUGAUUGGGGUUUCCAUGAAACUCACUUCAAAACCAAUCGUCGUGGAAAGGCUAAGACGAACUGGGCUGUGCAGAAUAAGGCCUACAUCCAAUAUUGGGAGAGAAGGUCUGAGUUCGUUACUAACGCUUACAUGGAGCCUCUUGCAGACCACGUGCAGGUGAUGAGGACUCGACAAUACAUGGAGUGGUAUUUUAAAAUUACCAUUACAUAUAUCACGCAGCCGGGUAGGCUUCCAGAAGUAGGGAUGAACACUGUUGCAUCAUCAUCUACAGUCCAAGCGGAGACAUUGGCACGUAUAUUUCAGAUGUCGCGCGGUUUUGACCCAGCAGACGCCGUAGGAUUGUUGCACGAGAUUAACAGUCUUGCUCUUAACUGCCUCACCGAGUGCGGUGAGAGUGAACGCACGGUCAUACCUUCCACAUAGCGCACUGAUGUGGAUAUGUCCCGGGGGUUUAUCCGAAGAGCUCGCGGUAUUGGCCAGAGAGGUAUCCGAACAGGCGGGCAUGGUUAUUCACGGCAUUUCAGAAUGUCCCAAGGCAUGCCAGGGUCAUCACAAGCAGCAAAUGAAGAAAAUAUUAAUUCAGAUGAUAACAUAGAUUUGGAUGCACUCAUCGACAAUUUUGCUGGUGAGCCCGAAAUGCAAAAUCCACCAGCACCAGAUCCCUCUAGUUGGUUUCCUACUUGGUCAGACGCGCCACAGUCUAGUUGGGUGACUCCAUUAGAUAGAGUUGGGCUACCAUGGAAUCCUACUACACAGGAUUCAUUCUUUUCGGAUGUCCAUAUCGUGCACUCUCCAACAAAUGAUGAUGAUGAUGCUGCUGAUGAUGAUGAUGAUGGUGAUGAUGAUGAAGAUGCCGAUGAUGAUGAUGAUGUUGCUCCUAGGAGUAGUGCCUACAUAGAGCGCCCCACGAGGAGAGAGCAUAUUGACCCUCCUAGGAGUAGUAUUCAACUCGAUCGACCUAGUAGCAGUUCACAUACAUCCCGUCCCGAUAAGGAACGCUCCAGACCAAGUUUGUCUCAGACAAUUAUGGGUAUGUUCCCACGUAGAAGGUCUAGCCGUGACAACAGAGGAAAAGGCCCGAGUAAAUAUACACCUUCGUCAUUUAAGUAGAAUAAUAUCAUUAGAUGUAUUGUCUAUUUAUUACUGGUGGAUUGAUUUGAGAUGUACUGUUGACUUAUUAUAUGUUGAUUGAUUUAUUA